AUGGCUUCGUACGUUGCAUUUUGUGAUUCAAAGGGUAAGCCACUACUCUCGAGAAGAUACCAAGAUGAUGUCUCACAGUCUGCUGUCGAAUCGUUCCAGCAUUUGUUACUAGAAAGAGAACAGGAAAGCAGUGUCAUGCCUCCUUGUUUCCAUCACAAUGGGAUUCACUACAUGUACGUGCAGUAUAACGAUGUUUACGUGCUAGCAUUGACCAGGUCAGUAUCCGUUAAUGCUACCACUAUGUUCGCCUUCAUGUACAAGUUGAUCAAUGUAGUUGAGGAGUACGUGAAAAGGGUGGAAGAAGAGUCAAUCAGAGAUAAUUAUAUUAUCAUAUACGAACUUUUAGACGAAAUGAUGGAUAAAGGCGUUCCGCAAGUGACAGAAACGAAAAUGUUGAAACAGUAUAUUACUCAGAAGUCAUUCAAAUUGACUAGGUCAGCGAAGAAGCAAAAGAAUGUGGCUAGACCACCAACCGAAUUGACCAAUUCUGUCAGUUGGAGACCAGAGGGUAUCAAGUACAAGAAGAACGAAGCGUUCUUGGAUGUAAUCGAAUCGAUCAAUAUGCUAAUGACACAGCAGGGCCAAGUAUUAAGAUCUGAGAUCUUGGGUACUGUCAAAGUUAGAUCCCGUUUAUCUGGUAUGCCUGAUUUGAAAUUGGGUUUGAAUGAUAAAGGUAUUUUCACAACUAAUGAUCAAGAAGAUUCACCUGAACCUGUAGUUUCUUCGAAGAAAAAGAAUAGUAAUAUAGAACUUGAGGAUCUAAAAUUCCAUCAAUGUGUGAGAUUGAGCAAGUUUGAGAAUGAAAAGAUUAUCACGUUCAUCCCACCUGAUGGGGAAUUUGAUCUAAUGACUUAUAGACUCUCUACCCCGAUCAAACCUUUGAUAUGGUGUGACGUUAAGGUACAGGUACAUUCAGGGUCUCGUAUCGAGAUUCACUGUAGGGCAAAGGCACAAAUUAAAAAGAAGUCAGUAGCGAAUAAUGUGGAGAUUUUAAUACCGAUUCCGGAAGACGCAGAUUCGCCCACGUUCAAAUAUUCUCGUGGUAAUAUCAAGUGGGUUCCUGAAAAGAAUGCAAUUCUAUGGAAAUUUAGUAGUUUCCAAGGUGGUAAAGAGUACUCAAUGGCUGCGCAACUGGGGUUGCCCUCAGUCUCUGAUGCUGAACCACCAAAAUUAAAAAGACCAGUACAAAUCAAAUUCCAAAUUCCUUAUUUCACAACAUCCGGUAUUCAAGUUCGUUAUUUGAAAAUCGAAGAACCAAAGCUACAGUAUAAUAGUUAUCCUUGGGUACGUUACAUUACGCAGAGCGGAGACGAUUACACCAUCAGGCUGUGA